GUUAAAUGGGGUCCCGGGUACCAGAUUUCAGCCUGAAAGUGGCUUAUGUCAAAGGGGAUCCUCUAAGCCCCUACUUGUUUUUGAUUUGCAGUGAAGGGUUAUCAUCUCUUAUCCUCAUGCUGUUUCAGUUGGUAGGUUUCAGGGGGUGAAAAUUAAUAGGUAUGCCCCUUCGAUUUCUCAUCUAUUCUUUGAUGAUGACAACCUGAUCUUUGAGGAGGCUAAGGAAGAGGUAACAGGCCAUUUAAAAGUAUUACUUCGAAUUUAUGGUAAGUGCUCGGGUCAAGUUAUUAAUUUUGAUAAAUCUGGAGUAUUUUUCAACUCAAAUGCCCAUGACGAGAACAGAAGCGAUGUGAGACACAUCCUUGAGGUUUCUAACUCUUUUGACUCGGAGAAGUACCUGGGCCUUUUGACGAUUGUUUGCCGAAAUAAAUGAGCAGCGUUUGCACAAAUUUACGACAGAUUCCACGUGCAUAUUCGCAGUUGGAGUGUUAGAGUGCUAUCUCAAGGUGGCAAGGAUGUGUUUAUGCUGUCAGUUCUACAAGGUCUGCUGAUUUACGCUAUGAAUGUAUUCUUAUUGCCGAAAAGUACGUGCAAAGAGUUUGAAAGAAUAAUGGCUCGUUUGUGGUGGCGUAGAGCAAAAAACAGAAAUAACAUUCACUGGUGUAAGUGAGAGGCCUUAAGUCUACCAAAAGGUUGUGGAGGUUUGGGGCAUAGGGACAUGGUAAAGUUUAAUAUAACCCUAUUAGCUAAGCAAGGAUGGAGACUUUUGGCAAACCCAUCGUCGCUCGUGGGCAGACUUCUACGCGCCAAUUACUUUCCGAGUAUAUAUUUUCUUCAUUCAAGGUUGGGUUCUUCCCAUCUUUUAUUUGGAGUAUCUGGAGUGCGCGGGGUCUUUUAGGAAUGGGCUUGCGUUGGAGUGUGGGAUCAGGCACGAGCAUUUCGGUUUGGAAUGAUUAUUGAUUGCCAAACAGAGUGCCAUGCCGAGUGGAAUCCAGUUCUAACCCAGAAGUCACUUGGGUGGCGGAUUUGAUAGAUCCAGUACCAAAAGGGUGGAACGUAGAAUUGAUAUCUCGACUGUUUAUGGUGAAAGUGGUUAACCAAAUUCUGAGCUUACCAUUAUCUGCCUACCCUUUAGAAGAUGUGCGGGUCUGGAGUGCUGAAAAGUCUGGACUUUUUACUGUUCGAAGCGCAUACAUAUUACUAUUGCCAAAUAAUCCUAUUUCCACUACAGAGUCGGCCGUUUUUCAAGCUAUCUGGGCUAGUUCAUGUCAACGUAAAAUUCAACUGCAAGCGUGGAAAUUUGAUCAUAACUAUGUGCCCUCUUUACUGAAUUUGUGUGUUCGAAGAUUAGUGAAUAAUCCUAUUGCUCCUACGUAUGGUUCUGGUGUGGAAUCAGAUAUUGCACGUGCUCAGAUAUUGCACUUUGGCUCUUCAAGUGUGGGUUGAUCUACAGGUUUCUUGGCCCUCUGCAGUAUCGGAGUUGGGUGUUACUGAUUGGUUGCAUUGGUUAUUUAGUAAUAUUCAUACUAAUUUGCAUCCAUUUAUCUUGGUUACAAUGUGGUCACUCUGGUAUGCAAGAAAUGUACGCUAUCAUCAAGGUAAAGACAUAUCAAGAACCGACCUUACCACAAUGAUUCGGUCUCAGUGUCGUGACUAGUCCUCGGCGAAGCGUCUGUUGGAAGCACCGACUCGGCAUAUUGUUCAUCGGUGGCAGCCCCCAUCAGCUCCAGCAGUAAAGGUUAAUUUUGAUGCCAGAUUUUUACAUGCACAAAGCCAAUCGUGGUCAGGGGUUGUGAUUCGAGAUUCUGAUGGAAAUAUAAUGGCUGCAUGUAGAAGAUGGGUUAUGAGAGUUACCUCGGUGUUUCAGGCGGAGGCGACGGCAGCGUUGCAUGCGGUGCAGUUGGCUCUGGGCAUGGGUUUCCAAGAAGUGGUUGUUGAAGGGGAUUCGAAGAGCAUCAUUGAAAAGCUUUCAACACCGAGGAGGGAUUGUUCGGAGGUUGGUGCACUGGUCUGGGAUGUCCAACGCAGAUCGGAGCGCUUCAGAUCAUGCAGUUUUCUCUUUACCCCGAGAGAUAGCAAUUUGGCGGCCCACAUCCUUGCAGCCGAGGAAAGAUUUGGAACCACUGAGCGAGUGAACGUUUCUGGGUGGAGGAAGCCCCAUGGUCAGUCGAGCACCAGGCGGCCGUAGAUCGCAGGUGGAUCGAUCCGCCUUGAAGAUUUCAAUCCAGUCCGUUGUUGCAGAGAAGAGGCUCCAUUUUAAGUGUUUCCUCUUGUUCCUGUUCGCAUCAUUGAUAAUUCUUAGUUUCGAGAAAGAAAUUGAAAGGCCAGCAGUUUCCCUUUCGUUUUGUUGGAUUGCUUUUUUAGUUUGCCGCGUUUUGUCUGUUCGAGGGACCAUUAUGCUUUACAGCUGGUCCCUUCGG